GGAGGGUCACUCGCUGGGGCGGGGACGCUCAUUAACUCCCCGGAGCCCGGCUCCCCACCCCAGCUGCGAGGCGGGGGAGGCGAGUGCCGCGCCGGGCCGGGAAGAAGGGGCGGGGGCGAGGGCGAGGAGCGGCCCGGGAGGGUGUAGUUUUGUCUCCGCCAGUCCAGGCGCAGGGAAGCCGCAAACUCGGGCCGGGAGUGCAGCGGGUCCAGCUCAGCCCGGGCAGCAGGCGGCCCCCAGUCCCCGCGCAGGAGUCUAUUGCCUUUCACCACUACCUUUGCUAUCUGAAUCAUUAUAUGGAAAGAGCUUCUUUGAGGACUGGGAGACAGGACUCUCAAGUUCUAUUUCAACCUCUGCCAUCCAUUCAUCACUGAGCCUGCUUAUUUCUUUCAGCUUUGUUUUAGACACAAUGUCUGCUCCAGCAUCCCAUCCACCAGCUCCCAGUGGCUACCCAAUCCCAUCAGCACCCCCUACAUAUGAAGAGACAACAGGAAUAAACACUUACCCUCCUUACCCUGCCCCGGAAUCUGGGCAUGGACCGAACAUGAAGAGUAUGAAUCCUCCUCCAUAUCUUUCACAACCUGUUCCAGCUCCUAAUCCAAUUACAGUUCAGACUGUGUAUGUGCAGCAGCCGGUAACAUUUUAUGAUCGUCCAGUUCAGAUGUGCUGCCCCUCCUGCAACAAGAUGAUAGUGACACGUCUCUCGCACAGUGCAGGAGCGCUGACCUGGCUGUCAUGUGGCAGCCUCUGUCUGCUGGGGUGCGUAGCCGGUUGCUGUUUCAUCCCCUUCUGUGUUGAUGCCCUCCAGGAUGUGGAUCACUAUUGUCCAAGCUGCCAAGCCCUCCUUGGUACCUACAAGCGUUUGUAGGCAAUAUCAAAUAUUGAGUGAAGAUGGAUGUCCAAGAUUGUUCAGCACCUUUUCAAGCUCUUUCUGAACUUCAUGAAGAUCUCUGUGCAUUGUCAUUGUGAAUGGAUCAAGAUAUAUAUCUCUAUAUUGUUUUAAUAAGAAUCUGCUUAGGGAGACUCAGGACUAGUAACGGGAUAUAUAGUCUGUCACUUCACAGGCUACUUAUUCAAGCUGAUAGUGACCAAAUGUUGUCUCUCUAUGGUUUAUGCAAAAUAGAUGAUGGUGUGGGUCUGGUUAAUAUUAGAAAGCCCCCCGUGUGGAUUAGCACCUGCGUCACAGAGACCAAGCUCUGAACUGGCAUGCAGACAAACUUACCUUCUCACGCCUACAAGUGGUGCCUCUGGAAAAGCAUUGAAGCUGGUUGGCAGGGGACUGCCUAUGAUGGUCCUAUUCUGGGGCUAAAAAGGACUCUUGUCUCCAGAGUAGUCAAUCUGGCACCUUUUACGUGCACUAAAAUUCACUUUAAAUUUGUUUUUAAAAUUGCCUUUAAAAGAAACAGAACCAAAAAUAGCCUGAAGAUUGGCUUUUCCCGUAGGCUGCUUUACCAAAUCCAGCCCGCUCAGGCUACCAUGUCAGAUGGCUUCUCAACAUGGUCUCCCAGUUUCCUUGCUGUUUGUGAGUUCAGUCAGAUCUUUAGCACUGCACAGUGUGUGUUUGUGCAGGAUUGUUUUAUAAAUGUAUGUGUGUAUUUUUUUUUUUUUUUACUGCUGAGUUAUAAAUCUGUGAAAAUAGCUUUCUAAUAGAAAUGCUGAUAGAGCCAUGGCUAUCAGUGUUGUCUUUCCUAUAAUAUAAUUACAUGAGCCAAAUGGUAAAUCCUAAAAAAAAAACCCCUCGGGCCUUUUAGUUUUAUAAAGCUUGGGUUCCAUCUGUAUAAAUGUUUUUUAAAAAAAUCAAAACAAAAUUAUCUUUUUACUUGCUAUUGGUGUAAUCUGAUGAUCACAUUGUUUCAUUAAGAAGGUAACUUCUUUUGUUAAGAAGUUUCACUGAGUGAGUGCUAGGUGGGUAAGACUUGUAUAGUGAUAUUUCAAAGAAAGAGACAUUUCCAAAAUGAAAUAUGGGUAGAAUUUCCACAGUCUGAUCACAGGAAUUGAGGUUUGAGUCUCUGAAGGUUGAAGCACUUCUCAUGAUUGGGGUAGAGCUGUCUGAUAGAAACUGCAGCCUAACGCUGCUCCUUGUGUAAAGUAAAGCAUGAUUCCACCACUGAAGGUUCAAACGUGGAAUUUGUGAUUUGGUUGAACACAACUUCUGUCUAAAAAUGCAACAUUAAAAGUUGAGUUUAAAUAUGAGCUAUGAUUGUAAAGUUGUAUUAACCUGUGUAAACAAUAAAUAUUGCAACUAUAAUUCUUUUAAAAAAA